CAAUCAGGCGACGUAAAAUCAAUAAGGAUUAACUAAAGCAGCUACUAGAAAUUCUUUUGUCGAAUUCGCCAUUUACCAUUUCCGUCUCCGACCACUCAACAAUCGCAGAAUCGUUCGUGAACAUUCGUGUGAUAUUCGUUGAUAUUCGGUACACCUUCGAAGUACCGGCGGGUGAUCUAUUAUGGCCGAGUAACAAGCUCGAAUGAGAAAUGAAGCUGCCGAUUGUGCAUGAAGGAGUCGAGUAAUGGCUCAUGACAGAUAUGUAGAGCUUGAAAGGCAUCCUCUCGGUGGAUUUGGCUUUAGUGUUAUCGGUGGAGUUGACACGCAUUUGCCGCCUAUGGUCUGUGCCUUGGUUCAUAAUGGCUCCGCACAACUGACUGGAAAGGUUUUUGCUGGAGACGUCAUUUUGGAGGUUAAUGGUCAACCUAUCACUCAGUUCACCACAAAUCAAGUUGUAGAAAGUAUUCGCAAUACACAGGAUAACUUAAAACUCCGACUGAGGGAUGUUUUGUAACGACAAGUGGAUAGACAACAGUGUCGGCAAAAACAACUUAUUUAAUGCACUAAGCAGCAACGACGAAAACUACAACAUGGCCGACCACAUGAGCCUACUGUCACAUGAUCCGCAAGGCGGGAACUGGACUUGUACUUCGUGUACGCAUACUUGUUACAAGUUUGAUGGAAUAAGAACGAACUAUUCCGUGACUGGACUUGACUAUUUGAUAAU